GGCGUUAAGCAACGCAGUGUGAAGAACGCGAAUUCAUGUACUCACGAUCAGUCUGUCUACACAACAUCACCCUCGAACAGCGUUAUAUUUUCCUCUAAAUAUAUAAUUUACGUUUUUAUUAUUGGAAGGACUAAAGUUGUUCGAUCAAGAAAGUAAAAUGCCUCGAGUAAUUGCAACGUUACUCUUCGCUUCAAUCUUCAUUAUAACAGUUUAUUCAGAAGAUGUGCUAAAAUGCUACAUGUGCACCUCAUUAUCAAACAAUGGUUGUGAUUCCGAUAUGAAAGCAAAUUCAUUACAACCAUUGGAAUGUACUGGUAAUAAUAUGGUGGAAUGGCAACGAAGCAUUCAACAGCACAAAGUACUCAACUCGUUGGCACGGCUUUUCGAAGUUGAUGACAUGUUACAACAUUAUCAAAGUCCUCCCAAAGAUACAGCUUGCGCUAAAAUGGUCAUUAAGACUGAAAAACAAGAUGUUAUUGUAAGAACGUGUCAAACAGCUAAAACAGAACUUAUUGAUCCAUGUAAAACAAUGGAAGAGAAACUAAAAGUUAGCUUGUUAGGCAAAAUGGAACAAUGCGAACUUUGUCUUAAAGACGCCUGUAAUGGUAUGAUGUCCCUAUCUUCCAAAAUAUUCUAUACUUUUCUAUCACUUUUUUGCACUCUCAUUGCUUUUUAUUAUUUAUAGAGGUAAUUUUCAUUAUUUUAUACGCGAUAAAAAGACUUAAUGUAUAAUGAGUAAUAAUAAUCAUUUAGCAUCAUAUAUUCGUUUCUAAUUCUAGCUUAACUAUAGAAAUUAGACUAGUAUAUAUACUUCAUGUAUAACUAUAAAGGUAUAGAUGAGACUUUUUAAUAAGAUACUGGCUACAAGGAUUUUGUUAAAUUCGGAGGAAUUUAAGGAAUUUGACGAAAUUCUCUUAUGUCAGUCUCUGAUUAAAGAGUCUCUAUAAAAAUAAUGACUAGCAGUGUGAAUUUGUCGUCUUUUAAUUAUCUUCUCGUCGAUCAUAAUAUUCUUUCACUGAAAGAUAUCUUUAUAUAACAAUUUAAUCAUCUUUAGUAAUUUUUUAAACAACUUUGUGCUCUUUGGGAUAUGUUAAAAACUUGUUCGUUUACAAUAAUCUACUGGUUUAAAAAUUGUUUUAAGUUAUUAAUUUACAAAGUUAGGGCAUUUAGAGUCUUUUACU